GAUCUGGGUCCACUGAACUCAAAGCCUACUGCCGACUCCUAGAGGUCUAUAUUCUCUGCUCUAUUGUAAAGAAACCCAAACCCAACCUCAAAAAUGGAAGGAGCCCCAACUUCCUCCAAGAAGCCUUCCGGCAACAAGCAAGUCGUGAGCCCACCAGCACAAGAGGUGAAGCCCCCAAAGGGACAUGAACAUCACAAAGAGGAAAAGCAUCACCAUGAAGAAAAGCAUCAGCAACAAACACAAAGUCAAACUAGUGGCCAGCAGUCCCAGGGCACUGGGGUUUCAAGUGUUAGCCAGCAGCAAGGACAGGGAAGUGGAUGUGGUAUUCAAGUAACUGGACAGCAGCAAACCAGUGGGCAGCAGUCCCAAGUUAGAAGUCAAACCACUAGUCAACAGCAGAGCAGCGGUCAGACCCAGAGCAGUGGUCAGACCCAGAGCAGUGGUCAGACCCAGAGCAGCGGUCAGACCCAGAGCAGCGGUCAGCAGAGCCAAUGCGGUGUCUCUCAGCAGUCAGGGGCUGGGCAAGUGCAAACUCGAGCACAACAAAGCCAGAGCUAUGGUCAGACCCAGAGCAGUGGUCAGACCCAGAGCAGUGGUCAGACCCAGAGCAGUGGUCAGACCCAGAGCAGUGGUCAGACCCAGAGCAGUGGUCAGACCCAGAGCAGUGGUCAGACCCAGAGCACCGGUCAGCAGAGCCAAUGCGGUGUCCCUCAGCAGUCAGGGGCUGGGCAAACCACUAGCCAACAAACCAGCACCACUCAGAGCCAGGGGAGUACCACCUCAUAUUCCUAUAAACAGGGAAAAGACAAAUAUUAAAGAUGUCCAUUAUCUGAAAAUCUCUCUACUUUGUUGAUUGUCACCUACUGUGCUGUAUAAUCCACACCUCUUUGUGGAAGUAUUUGUAACCCCCUCCUCCUAAUAAAAUCAUACUGUCAUUUCUGCAUGAGAA